AUGGCUGAAGUGGAUUUUAACAAUUUCGCAAAAGCUGGUCUACCCGAUCAAAAUCCUCCACCGUAUCAAGCUCCGCCUUAUCCCACUCAUACACCCCAAACAUUUCAACCAGGACUACAAUCGCAAUAUAACGUAACUGUGGGUCACCCGCCUACGUCUGCUGUCUUUGUUACACAACACAUACCAUUUCUGGGUAGUCAGCCAGCUUCCAUAACGUGUUCUGUGUGUCGAGCUCAGGUGAUUACACGUGUGGAUUAUGUGAGCGGUCCUGCUGCAUGGUUAAUAUGCUUCAUAAUAGCAAUGUUUGGUGGGAUAUUUGGUUGUUGCCUCAUUCCCUUUUGUGUGGAUUCACUGAAAGAUGCCUAUCAUUAUUGUCCAGUGUGUAACGCACAAAUUGGCAUAAGAAAAGUAAUGUAA